UGUCCUUGCAGUUGCGCUUGGGCGGCGGCGGAGACGGACGGCAGUGGAGGAUGGCGGCAACGACGACGGUUCUCCCGGAGCGGCUGGGAUGGUGUCCGCUGCUCUUUCUCCUGCUGGGCCUCACCAGCCCGGCGUCGACGCUGGCCGGUUAUAUCGAGGCGCUAGCUGCCAAUGCUGGCACUGGAUUUGCAGUGGCUGAGCCUCAGAUUGCCAUGUUUUGUGGAAAGCUGAACAUGCAUGUGAACAUUCAGACUGGAAAAUGGGAGCCUGAUACUUCUGGGACCAAAAGCUGCUUUGGAAGGAAAGAAGAGAUUUUGCAGUACUGCCAGGAGAUUUAUCCAGAGCUUCAGAUCACAAAUGUUGUGGAAGCCAAUCAACCAAUCAGCAUUGAAAACUGGUGUAAAAAGGGCAAGAAGCAGUGCAAGGGCCAUACCCAUAUCGUUGUGCCCUUCAAGUGUCUUGUGGGCGAGUUUGUCAGUGAUGUCCUUUUGGUUCCUGAAAAGUGUAGGUUCUUCCACAGGGAGCGGAUGGACGUGUGUAAAAGCCACCAGUACUGGCACACUGUAGCAAAAGAAGCCUGUUUGACUGAGGGGACAAUCCUGCACAGCUACGGCAUGUUGCUUCCUUGUGGAGUAGACCAGUUCCAUGGCACAGAGUAUGUAUGCUGCCCUCAGAUCAAAAUUGUUGAUGAAGCACUUUCCAAAGAGGAGGAGGAGGAAGAAGAGGAGGAAGAAGAAGAAGAGGAGGAGGAGGAGGAUGAAGAUUAUGACAGUUACAAAAGUGAGUUGCCUACUGAGGCUGAUACAGAUGAUUUCACAACUGUAGCCCUGGAGAUGGAUGAGGACGAAGAAGAACAAGAGGGGAAUGAAGGAGAAGUGGUGGUGGACCAGAAUUACUAUUUUGAUGAUUAUAAAGAUUACAACGAAGAGCCUCCAACAGAGCCAGGCCAUGAAAAAUCUCUCUCUGAGAAGGAAGUAAUGAGCGAUGUGAAAGCUGUCUGCUCCCAGGAGGCGAUGACAGGGCCCUGCCGGGCUGUGAUGCCUCGUUGGUACUUCGACAUGUACAAGAAAAAGUGCAUUCGCUUUAUAUAUGGAGGCUGCGGAGGCAACAGGAACAAUUUUGAGUCAGAGGACUAUUGUAUGGCUGUGUGUAAAAAGAUGAUUCCUCCUACUCCUGUGCCUACGGAUGAUGUGGAUGUCUACUUUGAAACCCCCGCAGAUGACAAUGAACAUGCUCGUUUCCAGAAAGCAAAAGAACAGCUAGAGGUCCGACAUCACAACCGCAUGGACAAAGUGAAGAAGGAAUGGGAAGAAGCCGAACGGCAAGCCAAGAAUCUUCCAAAAGCUGAAAGGCAAACCCUCACACAGCGAUUCCAAACAAUGGUUAAAUCACUGGAGAAAGAGGCAGCUAGUGAGAAGCAACAGUUGGUGGAGACACACCUUGCUCGUGUAGAAGCCAUGCUGGAUGACCGCCGUCGCGUUGCCCUGGAAAACUAUCUAAUUGCUCUGCAGACUGACCCACCACGGCCUCAUCGUAUCCUCCAAGCCUUGAAGCGUUACAUCCGUGCUGAGAACAAAGACCGCCUGCACACAAUCCGCCAUUACCAGCAUGUUUUGGCUGUCGACCCAGAAAAGGCUGCACAGAUGAAAUCGCAGGUGAUGACUCACCUCCAUGUGAUUGAGGAGCGGAUGAAUCAAAGUCUAUCCCUGCUCUACAAGGUAGCUUAUGUGGCUGAAGAAAUCCAGAGUGAGAUUGAUGAGCUGCUUCAGGAGCAGAAAACUGAUAUGGACCAGUUUACCUCUUCCAUCUCUGAUUCUCAAGUGGAUGUCCAUGUGAGCUCGGAGGAAAGCGAUGAGUCUCCCCUCUUUGAUGGUAAACCUUUCCGUCCAUUCCAGGUGAAAACGUUCCCUGCUUCAUCAGAAAGCGAAGAUUCUCAGCCGGAUUUGUACCAUCCAGUGAAAAAAGGGUCUGGAGUGGCUGACCUUGAUGGACUGAUAGGAGCUGAAGAAAAAGUCAUCAACAGCAAGAAGAAGCUGGAUGAGAAUGUGGUAAUUGAUGAAACCCUUGAUGUGAAAGAAAUGAUCUUCAAUCCUGAGCGUGUUGGUGGGCUGGUGGAAGAACCGGAAAGUGAGAAUUCCCUCCGUGAUGACUUCAGCUUCAGUAGCAGUGCUCUCAUUGGCCUCCUGGUAAUCGCAGUUGCCAUUGCCACAGUCAUAGUUAUCAGCCUGGUGAUGUUGAGAAAGAGGCAGUACGGGACCAUCAGUCAUGGCAUUGUAGAGGUCGACCCAAUGCUAACCCCAGAAGAACGACAUCUGAACAAGAUGCAGAACCACGGCUAUGAGAACCCAACAUACAAAUAUCUGGAGCAGAUGCAGAUUUAAAGGCUGUUGAAACUGCAGGAGCCCUGAUCAGCAAAGGGUUAGGGUAGGAAGGGCCAAACUGGUCCAGUAUUUUGGAUCAACUACUGACCAACUGUUGCUUGAAGAUGACUCCAUCUUACAUUCAGAUUUCCUGGAUCAUUUUAAGACUUAAAUUACUACUGUAGAGUUGCAAUUUCCAUUCUUUUAAAUGGGCGAGGAAAUUAUAAUAUAACAAUAUAUGAUAUAUAAACCUUAAAUGGAGAAAUGGAUCUAUUGCAGAUAUUUGAGAUGUAGUUUUUUUUUCUUUUUUAAAGAACUUAUUCUAAUGAGGAGAAAUCCCAGUGCUGUCGUAUUGUCUGGAUAACAAAGCUCUCUGUAUAAAUGAGAAAUGUUGUUUUAUUUCUGAUAUACACCACUUGUAUAUUCAAGGUCAUUUCUACCAGCUGCAUUGUAUAAAUGAGACACUCAUUCUUUGAUCAUUCUGGCUUUUAUAUAUAAAAGCAGUAUUCCGUUGUUUUUUUACAAAAAAGAAAUUUGUGUUUUCCUGGAAGUCACCAAAAUAACAAAUCGGAUUUAGGGUCAUGGGGUGGGGGUGGGGGUGGGGAGGCACUUCCGUAAUGAUAGUGGAAACCUUGCAGAAAUUCUCAGAUGCCAGUAAUGUGUGCAAUUCUGCUGCUAUGUGGCUUGGUUUUCAUGAAUUAGAGGCACGAAGGUCAAUUGCUUCUGCCCUUUUUAGGCCUUUCUAGUGGAAUAUUAGGCCAUGGUUUGUGCAUAUUGGGAUUGUGCACCUACCUUGCUUUCUCGAACCUAACUCUGUCGUAGAGUCGGAAGCCAUGAAGUCCAAAAACUGAGACUCUUCCUGCCCCAAACCAGCCUCCUUCAGCACCUUGCCUUGUAUAAUCUAAGCCCUCUUUGUUUAUGUGACCCUCAUGUUAAAUCAGAAUCGUUACAGGUUUAGAGGCUGCUGUGUCUUUCCAAAAGAUACUGGACCAGAAACUGAGCCACUGACAUGUUUGGGAAUAGCUAGGCCUUUGGGGGAGCCAAAGACUCCUUGCCUUGGCUCUCCAUUUUUGGAAAGGGCUUGGAUGGGCAUCUAAGGGGUAGUGGCCAAGUUAUGGGGAAGUGAAGGGAAUUGAUGGGCACUGAAGUGUUAAUGGAGCUUGUUCCAUUCACCAUCAUGUCUUUGUAAUGCUUGUAUAAUUGGUGUUAAUGCUCACAGCUCUUUUUUUAAUUCUGGAGGUUCUGGUAACCUGUGGUGUAUUUCUUUCUUUCUUCUAUUAUCCGUGACUUUUCUUUACCUUCCACCCUUUUCCAUGUCUCUUCCCACUAUGCACAGAUUUACUUAACCUGCAAACUCCUUAGUGUGGUCUGUGGGGAAUGUAAAAAGUUGGAAACACAUCAAUAAACACUUUAACUUCCA